ACACCCACGCGCCACGGCGGAUUUAUUUAAUUAAAACAAUAAUUAGAUGUCACUUAUUACUCUCUGCUCUUAUCUAAUAGUGUCAUUACCGCUCGCUAAUUGGAUGAUUAAAUCUUUAUUUACUACAUUCACCAAGAACUCCACACGCUGAGUUCAUAUUGGACACAAGUUUCCUGAAAAGGUUUUGUAUGAUUAUUGGACUACUAAAAGAUGCGAAGGAACGUUCCAGCUUAUAGUGGGGAAGAGGAGGAAAAUAAAAUUAUUUAUGUUAAUCCUUCUUCAAUCUUCCAUGAAAAUAACAAACUUAUAUUCUUUAAAAUUAUUUAUGUUAAUCCUUCUUCAAUCUUUAGCAACAAAUGCUUCUGAAGAACAAACUUAUAUUCUUUCAAAUUCAAUGCUUUGUUUCUUUAUAUCCUCUGUCGGAAACUGCAGGUAAGUUAACUCUCACUGAAAACAUGAAUAAAUUAUGAUGGGAAAGCUUGUUGUCUUUGUUUCUCUGUAAUAACUUGAGACUGAUUCUUGAAACAAUGUGUCAUUAUAUCAUUCUUUGGCAUAAUGUUCUUGGUACCACCAGCUAAUGUGCAUACAAUGUUGUGUGUUUCAGGAGUUGUGGGCGGGUUAAGCUACCGCAUUUCUACUGUUGCAUAUGGUGAGCGAGCAAAUACCUGAUGAGCAAUCCAAUCCGAACUACUGAUUAGUUUUCCAAAGAGAGUGAGAAUCAUAGGCUGUUCUUAAUGUAGAGGACCUCAAAGGUAAUUAUAAUGUAGAUUAAAUACUGAAUUGUCUUCUUCUUCAACCAAUUUAAAAGGUUUUGUAAAAAAAAACUUGUAAACUUUAGCUACGGUAAUGCAACUUGUGAUGCCAGUUGGCAAUAUGACAUGGGCCCCACAGUGGAGCUUACAAAGCAACACGUGUCAUGCUUACCUGGCAAAAGAACUACAUUUUACACACGUGGCACGCUUAGUUGGCGAAAAGAAUGGUUAUGAUUUUGCUUCCUUCCUUCCUUCCUUCCUUCACGGGUUACGACGGCAACAAAGCAUUUUUCGAAGCUCUUUACGCGUGAAUCCUGUUUCUGCCUGCACACUCUGAGAGGAGGAGAUUCCAAAUUUCUCUCAUUCCUUCCUUCCUUCCGUGACGACGGUUUCAUGUAAAACGCAGCGUUUUCAUUCCGUGUUUGUUUAUGAUUACGAAAGCUAAUCCCCCAUAAUCUGGGUUAAGCUCCAAAAACAUCAAACAAACAAACAAACCAUGGACACUGGAGGAUUCUCCCGCACGAAUCACGAACCCUCACCGUCCGAUGAUCAUCAAUUCCACUCGAUGAACGCGCUCGAGAUUCUACGAGAAACCGUACGGAUCCUCCGCUACAACCUCGCCGCGUUCACGCUAACCUUACUCCUCCUGAUCUGCCCCGUCUCCGCCAUCCUCCUCCCCAACCUCCUCGUCGAUCAAUCAGUCGUCAAUUCCCUCACCAUCCGCCUCCUCCUCCUCGCCAAAUCCAGCGGCUUACCGUUACUUCCCUUCGUUCGAAACUCGUGCCAGAAAUUCUCCGAAACCGCCGUCUCCUCCGCCGCCUGCUUCCCUCUCUUCGUCACUCUCUCGCUUCUAUCCAGAGCCGCCGUCGUCUACUCCGUCGAUUGCACUUACUCCAGGAGGAAAGUCGUGGCGACUAAGUUCGUUGUGAUCAUGCAGAGACUCUGGAAACGUCUCGUCUUCACUUACCUUUGGGUUUGCGUCGUGAUCGUCGUCUGUCUCACUUCCUUCUGCGUCUUCCUCGUUGCUGUUUGCAGCUCCUUCUUCGUUCUCGGCUUCUCUCCUGAUUUUAACGCAUACGGAGCUAUAUUAAUCGGUUUGGGGUUCUCUGUGGUGUUCGCGAAUGUGAUUAUAAUCUGCAAUACCACGAUUGUGAUUUCAAUUUUGGAAGAUGUAUCCGGUCCAAGGGCGUUGGUGAGAGCGAAUGAUUUGAUAAAAGGGCAGACGCAAGUGGGGUUGUUGAUUUUUUUGGGGUCGACGAUAGGGUUGACGUUUGUGGAGGGGCUGUUUGAGCAUAGGGUGAAGAUUUUGAGCUACGGAGAUGGGUCUUCGAGGAUUUGGGAAGGUCCGCUGCUUGUGGUGAUGUAUUCGUUUGUGGUGCUUAUUGAUACGAUGAUGAGUGCUGUUUUCUAUUUUAGUUGCCGGUCUUAUAGUAUGGAAGCUGUGGAGGCUCUUGAGGCUUCUGGAGGUGGGACUCAGCCCAUUAUGGAGAUGGUGUCUCAAGAUUUGUCUCUUCUAUAAGAGUGUGUCUUUUCGGAUUUUCUCACACAUUUAGUUUCGUUCUGUUUUCUUGGUUUCUAUACACAAAGAGAGGGAGAGUAAAGCAUACUCCAAUGAUCAUUGGUUUCAGGAGUUUUGGGCGAGUUAAGGUGCCUCAUUUCUACUGUUGCAGGGGUGCGAGCGCAAUACCUGAUCAGCAAACAAUUCUCACAUUUUGGGUAGAACUUACGAUGUGAACAAGUUUUUGUUGGAUUUGGAUCUCAAGAGGGUGGAAAUAUCAGACAUUGUUUUUAGUGGGAUGACUCAAAGGAUACGUUGUAGGCUUAGUUGACUCUGUUUUGGCAUAAAUCAUUUGGAUUUCUCCUGCAGAAUCAAUAUGAUAUUUCCUUUGUUUGAACUUGCAUUGGAGGUCAACUGAACCUGAGAUCCGAACUUGAACUAAAUAUCCGAACCCGAUCCAAAUAUCCGGAUGGAUGGCUGGGGUAUUUUCAGGU